AUGUCGAUGCUCCGCCAUCGGGACAGAAGGAGUGAUCGCCUCUUCUUCUUUCCUGAAGUGUUCGUUCCCGAAAAGUUACUUCUCUGUCCGUUGCGGUGCUCUACUUGCCGCGGUCUUCCUCGUCAACUGUACACCCACAUACUGAAGACGAGUCAAAAGUGUGUGCGUGUGUGCGUCCUCAUGUUGUCCCGUUUGGAUCUUAUUUUUUUCUUUUUUUUUCCCGCUCAAACGUCGUCUGUUUCCGAUUUUGUAACGCACACGUUGAACUUGGUGACGAGCAGAUAUUGGGGCGACGAAUGA